GAGGCAUACUUUGCUAAAGUAGUAGAUGCGUUGAUGACAGAUGAAAGCGAGCUGACAAAGCCUAAGUUCUACACAACCAUGAAGCUACCGACGGAAGGUACGGAACCUGCACCCAUGGUAGGUAAGCCACCCUCUCUUGAUCCUCGUUCAAAGUCCCAGAUGCAUGUUUUAGGUGUAAAUUUAAAGACAAUUGUCUAA